CACUCGGGUGUUUGGGGAGCAAGGCUGCGGGACUGCAGAGGGCCCAGUGCAUGGGGGACCAGUGGCAAAGUUCGCUCCUCAACCACCACAGCUCGGAGGCCGGAGGCAGCCCACACAGGGGACGGGACUAUGGCGUCCUGGGCAUGCAGGGAAUGGUGUCUGGGAGCCGACAGGCCACGGACACCAGGUACCCAGAUGACGGGGAGCUGAGAUUUGAAGACCAACAAGAGGAGACCCUCCCAGAGGAGGUGACUGGGGAAGAAGCGCCCGGUCCCCAGAACCCCAAGGUGGCCCUCCCGCAGCUGGACAGGGUUCUGGAGAAAGACGCCGACGAGGGCAUCCCUGAGAUGAGCCGGCUGUCCAUCACCCAGAGGUUCCCCAGCAUCUCCUCCAUCAGAGCGAGGAAGAGGAGGAAGAGGGUCUUUGAGCUGGCAAAGCCCAAGACCAACUGGCAAGUCUUGAAAGACAGGAUGGGGUGCUGCUGUAAGGGCUAUGCCUGGGUGUCCCCAUGCAAGAGGAACUUGCAGUUCUGUGUCUACUGGCCUUCUGUGUACUGGACAGAGAGGUUUCUCGAAGACACCACCCUCACCAUCACAGUGCCAGAGGUGUCCCGCCGAGUGGAGGAACUGGCUCGACCUAAAAGGUUCUACUCGGAGUAUUACAACAACAACAGGACCGCCCCCAUUUGGCCUGUUCCUCGGUCUUCCCUGGAAUACCAAGCUUCCAGUCGCCUGAGGGAACUGGCUGCCCCGAGGGUCCGGAAUAACAUCUGGAGCAUAAACAUGUCUGAGGUGUCCCAGGUAUCCAGGGCAGCCCAGAUGGCCAUCCCCAGCCCAAGGAUCCUAUGGCUGGCAAAGCCCAGGUCCCCAGCCACCCUGUUGGAAGAGUGGGACCCCAUGCCCAAACCCAAGCCGCAUGUGUCAGACUACAGUCGCCUCCUUCACUUGGCCAUGCCCAAGGCCCAGUCGAACCAGUGUGUUCCUGACCGAGAUCCACGCUGGGAGGUGCUGGACGUCACCAAGAAGGCAGUGGCCAGUCCCCGGAUCAUCUCCCUGGCCAAGCCCAAAGUGCGCAAGGACCUCAACGAGGGCUACGACCCCUACCACAUUUCCCCAGCGUCGCUGGUGGCUCGGGCAUCCCCUCGCCUGUAUGAGCUCGCUACCCCCAAGAACAUCACCAAAAAAGUGUGAGCGACCCAGGCCUGGCCUCUGAGAUCCCAUUCCCAGUAAACACCCAAGUGCAUCCUAACCCCGUGUGUGGUCGGCUCUGAGUGUUUGGGCCUGAAGGCGGGAGGGCAGGCUGGACGGCCAAAUGGAGGAAGAGAAGGAAAAUAAUAUUUAUGUUUGCCUCCAACCUGCGAUAUGUAUGGCCCUGUUAUUUUCCAAAUCCCUCUCUCCUGCCCUUUCCCACUUCUCAGAUGCCCAACUUCCGCCUCCCUCAACUCCAGAACUUUCCUUCUGAAUCUCCUAUGCCCACACUUGCUUAUCCAACAACAUCCUGGGCACCUCCACGCACCUCAAACUCAGUGACCUCCAUAAUAAAAGGAGCUGAUGCU